ACAUCAGAAGCGCUUAAUGAAGUGUGUUUUGAUACCUGUAUGCCUGAUUAUCUGGAGUUACUGGGACCUGAAACGACUUCUGAUGCUGCGGUAGAAACCAGAUCCGUUUCCGAGAGGCUCUAAAAAAGUUUAAUCAUGAGUAGCCGAAGAAAGAGGGCCCCUCCUGUGAGGGUGGACGAAGAGGCCAAGAAGAAGUUGAACUGGAACAUGCUGGAGGACCGCAAGAACGAGGAGAUCCUGGAGGACGACCAGAUACCGACCUGCUCCUUUCUCCCUGUCGACCAUGCUCCCAGCAGCUCCUUUCUCCCUGUCGACCCUCCUCCUAGCAGCUCCUUUCUCUCGACUGCCGAGGACGUCCCGGAGGCCGCCUGCACCAGCUCCGUCCGGAUCACAGAGGAACUUCCCUGCACGUCGUCAGACAUCACGUCCGGCUCCGCCUCCCUGGCCCUCACUGUGGUGCCGGCUGUGAAGCUGGGUCACGUGUGGAAGGCACUAAUCGGGGAGUUCAGCGUCCGUCCGGCUUGGAUCCCAUCUGACUGUGAAGUGAGAGAUUUCGUGCUCUACAGGAUGGGGGAUCAGCUCUGUGUCAGCUACAGCAGCUGUGAUGAGAGCUCGGGGCUGCAGUGGAGGCCUGGCGAGGACACCUGCACAGCCGAGUGCAGCCACAGCGUGAUCACGCUGGAAGACAUCGACUGGAUGCAGAAGAGGAGGGUGGUGCAGCUCUGCCACCAGACCAAAGAGGACUCAGUCAAGGUGGGGAUUUACCUGCUGGAAACUGGGCUCGGGAAGCCGGAGUUCCUCAGUGAGGGAAACGCUCGGAUGAGGAAAGCAAAUCAAUUAAUGCAGAAGCUAAUGGAAUAUUUCUACGAUUUCAUCAUCCCCGAAGUUGUAGAGAAUGAGGAGGAGGAGGAAUGUGACACCGACUUGGAGAGGCAAAACGUGGAGGAGCUCUAUGACUACGUCAGGCAUGUGCACCAAAGAGAGAGCCGGGAGACGACUUACGACGUCCAGCAUAAAGCUCUGAUUCCUGUUCUCAGACUGUAUCAGAGCCAGGCCGUCAACUGGAUGCUGAAGAGAGAGAAAUACAGGAACACGUCACCUAAAGAACAAAAUCUGCAUUUCCUCUGGCGUGAGUUGAUCACUUUGUGCGGCAAGAAGUUGUUCUACAACCCUUACACCGGCUGCUUAAUCCGAGAAUUUCCCCUGGCAGGCGUGGAGUGGCCUGGUGGGAUCCUGGCUGAUGAAAUGGGGCUGGGGAAGACGGUGGAAGUUCUGGCUCUCAUCCUGUUUCACACCCGUCAGGACCUGGAGCAGGAGACCCUCACUCUGCCUGUGGGAAAAUCCGUAAAUUAUUUUGUUCCUCCUCCUCCCCGAGAGAGAAAGAAAGUAAUCCGCUGCAAGUCUGAAGUUCAGCCUAAAAUUAAAAUAUCCUACCCAACUGUGCGUGUAAUGCUCCUCACUGCGAUCAAGGAGAUGAGAACCGGCAAAGGAGCCUCCGUCAACGCCAUCUUCACCUACAUCCGUGCCACUUACGGUUACGACCUGCUAAAAAACCGCAACCACAUCAAGAAGACGCUGGUGAAGCUGAUCGAUGAAGGCCUGGUCAUCCGGGUCAAAGGUCGCGGCUUGGCUGGCUCAUUCAAACUGGGAAAGAACUACAAAGAAACAAAGAAGACGUCAGCAGGAGCUUCCAAGUCUACUUCCAAAAGCACAGAGAGCACGCCGAGGAAAAUGUUUCAGAGACGAGCGAAAGAAAAAGCAGAAGCGGCUCUGCAAAACUCUCUUACAGAAGAUCAAAGAGAUCAGUACUCCCCGGCAUCGGACUGCCUCGCUCCAGAGGAGACAGACGCCAAGAGAGAAUGGGAUGAAAGAGUGAGCGAGAAAGCAGAUCAGUCAGACGACAUGCUGGACACGUCCACGGCAGCUUUACAGAUGUCUCGGGAUAAAAGUGAGUCAGAUACGCAGGACGUACCCAGAAUUAAUGAUCUAAGUGAAGAAAGGGGAGCAGCUCCUCAGCUGGAGGAGACAGAAACCCCCACCAGAGAGUCCGUCAUCCCUUUCAACAGCCCCGACUACCGCUUCGAGUGCAUCUGUGGUGAACUGGGCAUUAUUGACUACAAGGCUCGCGUCCAGUGUAUGAACUGCCAGCUGUGGCAGCACGCAGACUGUGUGAACUACAAAGAGGAAAGCCUUGAAACUACACCUUUCUACUGCCCUCACUGCCUGGUCGCCAUGAAACCCGUCUCCACCGGGGCCACCCUCAUCAUCUCCCCGAGCUCCAUCUGCCACCAGUGGGUGGAGGAGAUCAACCGGCACAUCAGGUCGUCGUCACUCAGAGUUCUGGUGUAUCAGGGUGUGAAGAAGCACGGCUUCAUCCAGCCACACAUGCUGGCGGAGCAGGACGUGGUCAUCACCACUUACGACGUGCUGCGUUCUGAGCUCAACUACGUCGACAUUCCCCACAGUAACAGCAAGGACGGACGCCGCUUCCGCAACCAGAAGCGCUACAUGGCCGUCCCCAGUCCUCUGGUGGCCGUGGAGUGGUGGCGCAUCUGUCUGGACGAGGCUCAGAUGGUCGAAUGUCCCACUGCGAAGGCUGCAGAGAUGGCUCUACGUCUGGCAUCUGUCAACCGCUGGUGUGUCAGUGGCACUCCUGUCCAGAGAGGCUUAGAAGAUCUGUACGGCCUUGUUCUUUUCCUCGGAGUCGACCCGUACUGGGUGAAACACUGGUGGGACCAGCUGCUUUAUCGCCCUUAUCGACGUGGGAACACAGAGCCGCUGUACAAUGUUAUCGCUCAAUUUUUGUGGCGAUCAGCGAAAAAAGACGUCAUUGAUCAGAUCCAGAUUCCUCCUCAGACAGAGGAGGUGCACUGGCUGGACUUCUCCCCCGUCGAGGGUCACUUCUACCACCGUCAGCACGAGGUCUGCUCCCAGGACGCUCUGGUCAAACUCAGGAAGAUCUCCGACUGGAGCCUGAAACUGGGCAGCCUGGACCGCCGUACCGUCCACACCAUCCUGUGCCCGCUGCUGAGGCUGCGUCAGGCCUGCUGCCACCCGCAGGCUGUGAGGGGGGAGUUCCUGCCUCUGCAGAAAAGCACCAUGACGAUGGAGGAGCUCCUGAAGUCCCUGCAGAAGAAAUGUCGAGUGGAGUGUGAAGAAGCUCACAGACAAUUGGUGUGUGCGCUCAAUGGCCUGGCUGGAAUCCACAUCAUCAGAGGAGAGUUUGUAGAGGCGACGGAGAUGUAUAGAGAAGUGCUUCGUUCAUCAGAGGAGCAUAAAGGCCGACUGAAAACUGAUUCAUUACAGAGACUUCAUGCUACCCACAAUUUGAUGGAACUGCUGAAAGCAAAGCAUCCUGGGAUACCUCCAACGCUGAGAGAUGACCGACUAAGUGAAGAGGGGGAACAGCUGCGACAGCACUACAUGACCAAAUACGACUCCGAGGUAGCGGACGCCCAUCAGGCUCUGCAGCCGGUGCUGCAGAACAUCAAGGAGCUGAAACGCAAAGUGAACCUGAACGCUCCCUGGUGGCUGGAUGUCAUCCAGAAGGCGAUCCGCCUCUCCACCGACGACGACCUGGUGUCCCGCAUUAAGAAUGAGCUGACGUCCAGCUACAAACAACAAGCCCACAAACUCACCAUGGCAGACAAGUUCCGUGAUGCCUGUGGUCUGCAGUUCAUUCUCACAACACAAAUGGAAGAUCUGAUGAAAUCCCAAAAGACUGUGCGAGACGCAGUGAAGAGUCUCGAAGGCCCGGCUUCACAAAAAGUGAUUGAUGAGGUCACCAUUUGUCACCUCAGACCAAUGAGACUUCCACUAAAUAAUUGUGUUUUUUGCAAAGCAGACGCCCUUUUCAUCGAUUAUGAGUCCAAGCUGUUCUCUCACACGGUGAAGGGUCAGACGGCCAUCUUUGAAGAAAUGAUCGAAGACGAAGAGGGUUUGAUGGACGACCGUCUCCCCACCACCAGCAGAGGUCUGUGGGCGGCCAGUGAGACGGAGCGCUCCCUGAAGGCCAUCUUGUCUUUCGCCAAAGUGAAACGCAUGGACCCCGAUCUGGUGGAGGAGGGCAACACGUUCAUGGAGCUGUUUGAGAACUGGAAAAAAGAGUACAAGGUCCUUCAUGAGUACUGGAUGGUGCUGAGGAAUCACGUGUCGGCCAUUGAUGAACUUGGCAUGGCCACCGAGAGGCUACGUGUGCGUCUGCCUGAUGAACCGAAGCCCAAACUGCUGCACAUCAUUGAGCCUCAUGAGGUGGAGCAGAACAGAGUGAAGCUUUUAAACGACCAGGCGGUGGCCAAGUCUCAACUCCAAAAGAAGCUCGGCCAGUUUCUGUAUCUCACAAAUCUGGAGAAGUCCCAGGACAAGUCUACCGGAGGCCUGAACCCAGAGCCAUGUCCCAUCUGUGCCCGGCCCCUGGGACAGGAGUGGGCAGUGCUGACCUGUGGCCACUGCUUCUGCAACGAGUGCAUUGCUAUCAUUGUGGAGCAGUACAGCGUGGGCUCGAGGCGGCGUGCCAUCAAAUGUGCCAUUUGCAGGCAGACCACGUCCCACACAGAGAUCUCCUACGUAUUCACCACUCAGUCGUCCAGUCAGGACCAGGACAUACCCGUCAAGGGAAGCCACUCCACCAAAGUGGAGGCAGUGGUGAGAACACUGAAGAAGAUUCAAGUGACCGACCCCGGGGCCAAGUGUCUCGUCUUCUCCACGUGGCUGAGUGUCCUGGACAUCAUUGCUAAGGCCCUGUUUGACAACAACAUGGAGUUCUCUCAAAUUAAUGGGAUUCACAAAUUCCAGGAGAAUCUGUGCGCCUUCAAAUAUGAAGAAAAGAUCAACAUCCUUCUCCUUCCUCUCCACACCGGCUCCAACGGUCUGAACAUCAUCGAAGCGACUCACGUGUUGCUGGUGGAGCCGAUCCUCAACCCUGCUCAUGAGCUCCAGGCCAUCGGCAGAGUGCACCGGAUUGGCCAAACCAAGCCAACAUUUGUUCAUAGAUUCCUAAUCAGAUCCACUAUUGAAGAGCGAAUGCAGGCGAUGAUGAAGACAGCAGACAAAAGUCACACCAGCACAACCAUGAAGCACUCGGAGGCUGCCGUACUGACUGUAGCCGACCUGGCUGAUCUGUUUACUGAAGACACAGAACAUCUGGAGUGAAUCUGAACAUCUGGAUACAGAGAGGAUCACCUGCCGAAGACAGACAGGCAAAGAGAGCUCACUCUUUACACAGUGGUGAUAUAGAAGUACUCUGAUUUUGCACAUUCAACUUUUUUUAUAUGAGAAUCCUAAAGUAAUCAGAUACAUUCCCGAAAUGCUAUUUUAUCAAAUCACUGACAGCGGAAUACAACAUGUCUCUUAAUUGUAAUGAAAUGUCCAAUCUCCUUGGAGUAUUUAUGUAUUUGGCUCACUUGUUGUCAUAGUUGUAACUGAUUCAAUAACUACGUCUGAUGUUUAUGUCUGAUGGUCACAUUUGAAUGUACAGUACUGUUGCUUGUGUUGUCUGAUAAUUGAAGGUGCUAUAUAUGACAUUCAGAGUAUUCCGGGCCGGGAUUGGUUGCAUACAGCUCUUAACUUUGAGUCAAUAUGGCGGCAACUAGCAGUGCUAGCAACGCUAAUGGUGCUAACAACAACAACAGUGCUGACAGAGCUAACAGUGUUAAUGGGGGUUAGCUCACACUCUCAGGUGCAACCUAGGGGAGAAUGAGGGGAUGGGCGUUAUUUUUCUGUGACGUCACUGUGGGUCAACUAAGGAUUUUCUAGUCUCACAUAGCCAGACCAGUCUCCACACUCACCAAAACACUUUAUCACAAAU